AUGGCAUUCCAACAAGCAGAAAUAGCUACACUUCUCAGUAGCAAGCUGAAGUUGGACAACAACAACGACAAACUCACAGCUAUCGUAUCUGACAUCCAACAAGGUCGUUAUGCCAAUGUUAUAAAAAACAGCAUUGUAUUCAACAACUGUCAACAAGACUCGGAGAUGCUGAAGGAGGAUGGCAACAUUCAAAACUGGGUCGACAGCAAACUUGCCAGUAUUUCAUUGGAAAACGAAUUGGAUCGCUUCGAAGUCCUUGCCACUGGUAUCGCAUGUCUCAACACAUUUGUGCAGAUCAAUUGGACUGGCCCUAUUCCCUCCUUCUCAGUAUCAGAGCUGUUUUUCGGUCAAAAGGAGGACAUUUGCGAAAUCAGAAUGCAUGGAGCCUGUCUCAAAUCCCUUUCUGUCGAUAGUGAAGAAGUGUAUCACCUCACUCAGCAGCUUGGGUUCUUGACUAUUGCCCGUGCUUUAUUAUAUGCUGUCCGUAACACCACGCUGACAGGCUCAUUCUGGGCCAUGCGCUCAGUCUUUAUCCAACAGCAAUUAUUAGACGAAUUCACGGGCUCACUUCAGUCUGAAUUGAUGGAAUUGGCCAAGGAAAGUGCUGAAAGAGUACAAUCUGCCGCCAUUGUGGAGGCUGAAUCCAAGGAGGCUCUCAAAAUCCGUCAUGAACUCGAGGUCGCAUUGAUUUACAGUUAUUUUGGACAAGAUAAAGAGGCUUUGGAAAAGAUGGAGUCAGCACAAAAGGAAUCCGGAUUCACUUGGUCUUUAACCGGUUCGCUGGGUCGUCGUACCAAGUUUCAGUCAUUCGAUGUAUCCCAGCUCGUCGUUUUAGCAGAGAGUAGAAAGAAGGACAACACAAUUGACGAAGAAGGCACGGAGGAAGCUGCUCGACCAGAAACUUUGGAUUUGAACGAUGACACUAUUCUGGAGCGCAUUCAAUUUACUGAAAACGAAAAGAACACAGAUGAAAACAGCAAACGUCAUGGCAAUCUCAAUGUCAUUGAUCAAUGCUUAUUGCUUGCCUUCUGUCUCAAUGUCAAGAACACCAACCCUGAUCACGGCAUCACUGCUGAACAAAUGGUGCCUUAUGUCACUCGUGUGCUCGAAAAUGCCAACAACUGGAUGGUACAUACCAUGGGUUUGCUUUUGCGUUCUCGUCUGGAGGCUAACAAAGGACGUACCGUGGAGCGUUCAGCACUCCAACUGCAAGCAUUGGUGGAUCAAAUCAAGGUGGAGGAUUCUGGUGUAGAGGAGCGUCUUGCUUAUUUCUAUGAUCUUUUGUUGCCCAGCAAGUGGGAGAUGGAGCGUGAGCUGGCUCGCCGUUUUGUGUCUCUUGGUGUAGUUCGUUCUGCUGUCGAGAUCUUUGAGCGCCUUGAAAUGUGGGAAGAUGUGAUCUCUUGCUAUCAAAUGAUGGAACAACCCCAAAAGGCAAAAGAUGUGUUGAAGCGCUUGAUGGAGGAGAACCCCAAUUCUCCUAAAUACUGGUGCAUCUUGGGCGAUCUUGAAGCUGAACCUGAGCACUGGCGCAAGUCUUGGGAAAUGUCAAAUCACAGAUACGCUCGUGCCAUGCGUAGUUUGGGCUCUUAUGAAUACAAGCGUGAAAACUAUGAAUCUGCAAUUGAUUGCUACCAAAAAGCUCUCAGCAUCAAUCCUCUGUUUGAGGGCUCCUGGUAUAUCCUUGGUUGUGCUGCUAUGUUUACAGAGAACUGGGAAGUUGGAUCUCGCGCUUUCCAACGUGUUGUUGCAUUGGAUGACGAUCAACCUGAAGCUUGGAACAACCUGGCUAGUAUUUACAUCAAGAUGGAUAGAAAGACAGACGCUUAUUUGGCUUUGAAGCAUGCUACCAAGGUCAAGUUUGAUUCCUGGAAAAUGUGGCAAAACUUGUUGUUUGUGUCUAUUGACGUGGGUCAAUUUGCAGAUGCUAUUUUCGCUAUGCAACGUGUAGUUGAGCUCCGUUGGGAUAAGGUGCGUGAUGAAGCUGUUGAUAUUGGCGUAUUGCGUAUGAUUGUAGAAAGUGUGAUUCAAAACUGGAAAGAUCCCCAUGAUCGUGAUGGUGCCCGUCUCUCACAACAUGUACAAAGGUUAUUGGAAGAUGUCAUUUUAAGCCGUAUCACCAACUCGCCUGAAAUUUGGAUGAUCUGUGCCAAGUUUUACUUGUGGCAAGGCCGUUACGUGGACGCACUUGAAACCUCUGUCAAGGCCUAUCGAUCUGUAAUGCACAACCCUCGCAUCGAAACCGAACAAAGCGUGUUUGAAGAUGUUGCCAUUGUUGCUCUUGAGACUGUGGACAUGUAUGAAAACUUGGGUGAUAAACAACAAGAUGGUGCUCCCAUUUGUGCUGACUGGCGUUAUCAAUCUCGCCUUAUCCUCAAGAGUUUGAUGGGUAAAGUGAGAGAUAUUUUCGAUGAUACCAAAACCUAUGAGCAAUUGCAAGAGCGCAUGAACGAUUUAAAAAAUGCAUAG